AUGGAUGGUCAAGUACAAGGAAAUAAUACCCCCAAAGAAUGGAAAUUGAAUCACUACGAAUUCGUAAUCUGGUUAUUAUUGCCAAAUAGACACUUAUUCAUACAUACAGCAGAUACAAUACUCAUCAGACGUCAUACUCGCAAUGCAAGUAAUUCAGCAGGUCAAAAUAUCUGGCAUUCCACGUUCCAACAUACGCCUCAGCGUAGUGAUAAUUCUAACCACCGCGGCCGCGUCAAAUAA